UUCGCCGACCAAAAACAUUCGCUUCCAGCAGCAGGAGCGGCAGGAGUGACAGCGAAGCUGCAGCGCGGACCUAACAGGGAGAAGUUAAACUCUCGUCUAAACUCGCUGCUUAGCAGUAAAGUAACAGCAAAGGGCGCGAUUUAAACCCCGCUGGUAGACAUUUGUCUGUCGCUGCCCUUGCUGGAGGCUGUCGUUGGAUCCAUGUUACAAAUCGGUUGGUUUUUUAGAUCAUCUGGAGCCCGAGUUGGUGUCAGGUUAGCCUGAGCCGUCCAAUGACAUUCGCCCAGGAACAACAACAUAUGUGAGCGCUCCUCCUGAGGGGGAUUAUUUCCCACCUGCAGAUGCCUCGCCUGGAGAAGGCGAAGGGGAGAGGGACAAGCAGGCCAAAACUAGACUGGAGGUUUGUCCAGAGGUUCUGCAGCAUCCAGAGGGUUCUGUUCCCGUCAUGGACCAGCCAAAGCGUGCUGAUGUUCGCGACGCUGCUUGGUGUCACUCUGACAGAGCAGCUGAUCAUUUACCAGGUGGGCGUCCUCCCCAGCCACUUCUACAAGGUGCUGGCAGAGAAAGACUACUCCGGCUUCAGGAGUCUGGUGGGAACAGCCGUGGUGCUCAUUUUGAUCAACUCCACCCUUAAAAGUCUGGACCAGUACAUUUGCAAUCAGAUGUACGUCAGCUGGAGGACGACGCUGACCGAGAGCCUUCAUUCGGCCUACUUCCAGGGCAGAGUCUAUUACAUCCUGAAUGUGCUCAGAGAGGAUAUAGAUAACCCAGACCAGCGGAUCAGUCAGGAUGUGGAGAGGUUCUGCAAGCAGAUGAGCACCAUGGCCAGCCGCUUGAUCGUCUCGCCGUUCACGAUCUCUUACUACACCUACCAGUGCUUUCACAGCACCGGCUGGAUCGGUCCUGUUAGUAUCUUUGGAUACUUUGUCGUUGGAACUAUAGCCAAUAAAAUGCUAAUGGGGCCCAUUGUGUCGACGCUGUUUGAGCAAGAGAAGCUGGAGGGGGACUUCAGAUUUAAGCACAUGCAAAUCCGUGUCAAUGCAGAAUCGGCCGCUUUUUACAGAGCCGGUAAAGUGGAGCACAUGAGAACUGACCGACGGCUGCAGGCCCUGCUGCAGACCCAGAAGAGCCUCAUCAACAAGGAGCUCUGGCUUUAUAUUGGAGUGAACACCUUUGAUUACCUGGGAGGGUUCCUCAGCUACAUUAUAAUCGCCAUUCCCAUCUUCACUGGCAUCUAUGACGGUCUCACUCCGGGUGAACUCAGCGCACUCAUCAGUAAGAAUGCCUUCGUGUGCAUCUACUUGAUAAACGGCUUCACGCAGCUAAUAGACCUGUCAACGACUCUGUCAGAUGUGGCCGGGUACACACACAGGAUCGGGGAGCUGAGGGAGGUGAUGGACGACAUCCUCCGCAAGCAGUGCGAUUACGACCCCGCAUCCGGGGAAAGCUACGACUUUGACAGUGACUUCAAUGUCCACGCGGGCCCUGCGGACACGGCCUUCAUCCUGGACCACCUUUCAUACAAAUCCCCGUACUCGGAUCAGCUCCUGGUCGAGGAUCUGAGUCUGAGAAUCAGCCAGGGUACUAAUCUGCUGGUGGUGGGGAACACAGGCACAGGGAAGACGUCGCUACUAAGGGUUCUCAACCGUCUCUGGGAAGCACACAGCGGUUUUGUCCAGAUGACCACAUGUUUUGGGCCCAGAGGGACCCUCUUCCUACCGCAGAAACCCUACAUGACCGAUGGCACUCUGCGGGAGCAGGUGAUUUACCCUCUGAAGGAUAUUUACCCUGAAUCAGGGUCAGUGGAUGAUGACAGAAUUAUACAGUUCCUGGAACUAGCAGGAGUGUCCAGCCUCCUGAAACGAACCGGUGGUCUGGAUGAGAGGGUGGACUGGAGCUGGUACGAUGUUCUUUCUCCGGGUGAAAUGCAGCGCCUCUCCUUUGCACGACUUUUCUACCUUCAGCCAAAAUAUGCAGUUUUAGACGAAGCCACCAGUGCUUUAACAGAGGAAGCGGAGGCUCAACUGUACCGAACCUGUAAGCAGCUGGGCAUGACUUUGAUCAGUCUGGGACACCGUAGCAGCCUUGAGAAGUACCACGACAUGCAGCUGAAGCUGUGCGGAGAAGGCCGAUGGGAGUUAACCAAGUUAAAAGGCACCAGCGGGACCCUCAGCCUCAGACAAGAAGCCAUGUGACCUCUCUGACAUGCAGGAAACGUCGGUGCACGAUGCCACAGAACCAAAGGUUCCUCAAUAAAUAACCUUUUAAUCAUCCAAAUCCUCUUAGGCACGUGUCGGGUCAAUUUGGUGGUCUAGAACGGCAGCGAUCACGCAGUUUGAUUACGUUCUUUAUAUCCUGAGGCAAUGAACAGUUUUUUUUUAACAAACAAGGAAUGCAAUAUUUUACCAAACAGAAUAAUAACUUGAAGGCUUGAGGCCCAGAGACUGGAGGCAAUAACGGUUUAUUUUUUUUUUGUCUUGAUGAUCACAAAGAAAAACACUUCUGUGCAUUAUUGUGCAACGACCUUUUAGCAACUGUGUUAUUCAGAAGCACAUCUGUGGAUUUUACAGUUUUAAAAACAUGAUAUGUGGAUUGUUAAAAAAAAAAA